UAUCAGAAUCAAAACUUCCGGUUUCUAUUCCGAAUUUUGCGUUGUAUUUUGAAACAAAUGUUGACGAAAUAUACUUUAUGCGUGUCCUUUCAAGAAAUGAAAUGGUCUUGAUUUGAUUGAAACAAAUUGCAAACAAGAUGGCAUCUGGAAAGUUAUCAAUACAGGACAAGAAGGACUUGGAAAAGUUCACCAAGUUUCUGAUUUAUAAAAGCGUUCAAAUAAUUGUGCAGUCACGCCUUGGGGAUAAGGUACUAACACAAUCAAAGCCAUUUUCUUCAGGAUCAGACUGGUUCAACCUGGCCAUACGAGAUAUUCCUGAUGUCACAGGAGAAACAAAGAGGGCACUGGCAUCACAUCUGAUCUCCACCACCAAGACACUAUGUAUCGAGAUCUCGUUAAAAACUGCCGAAGGUGAUACUAUGGUAUUGGAAAUGUGGUCACUGGGAAUGAGUGAACAGUGUGACCCGAGCGUCAAAGUUAGCUACAUGGUCUACAACCGAAUGGGACUGCUUUUAAAGUCACUUUUCUGUGUGACUCGUGUCACACCUGCUUAUAGACUCUCUCGACAGCAGGGACCAGAGAACUAUGUGAUAUGCUAUCGAAUAUACCUGGGAGAGCCGCAGGUCUAUAAUUUGGGUGGUGGCUACAACACGACAAAAGUUGGAGCCAUACCAACGCCAAAUGGGACAAUUUCAUUAUGUGUUUCAUAUCGGACAAAGCUACUUAUAUCGCCGCAACACAGCUGCAGAGACUUAAGUAUUGAACUAAAAGAGAAUCAUUUUCAAAGGGAGAGUCCAAAGAAGAUGACUCCGGCGAAACCAUGUCAUUUUCACGCGCAGAGGUCACGAAGGUAUGGUGGAGGUGAAAGGGAGACGCUGAGGGAGGUAGCUAGCUAUGGGGACAUUGAGCAUUUCGUUGGGUCGGCUGACUCCCAGGACAUGUGUGCUAUAUCAUUCUCCACGAGCCCACCAGAUCCCCUGAUGCACCCCAGCUACUACAUGAACCAGAACAAAACUGGCUCGGGGCGCUUACAUCGACCUACGUCAGAAGACACAAUUCAUGAAUAUGAAGAAGAGAGACCAGCCUCAAUGCCUGAGCGACAGAUCAGUUUUACCCAGUGCCAGAAACUUGGUGCCUUUGCUCCAACGAAAACAGGUUUCCAGAAGCCGAGUUCGUUGACAGACGAAGACUUGCCCUUUGCCAAUCUUUACAAAUACCAGGAUGAGAAACCAGAGGACAGCCCGUCGAAAAGGUCACAGGGGUCAAAGAAGAGUGACAGCAGUGAUAACGACAACGUGGAGAAUAUGGAGUGCGGUGGUUCCACGAGUAGCAGCCAGAUGUCAGCACCAGAUGACUUUGUGAUGGUUGAACUGAAAACUCCGUUUGCUGGUACUGACGGGGCAUCGGAUUUGGGUAAAUUUUACCGCGAGUGCCAGGGGGCGCCAGGGCUUGCCAUGUUCGAUGAGGAACCAACCGUAGCAGAGACACUGGAGACGAUAACGGACCAACUAGCUGUGUUCGAGGCAAACAUGAAGGACUUCGAUGAUUUUGUGGAUGCGUUACAAACAAACGAGUGAUCGCUUUGAAUGUUAGUUGGAUAUUGGGACUACUCAUCUGUAAAAUGUUUCAUAGUUCUCUGGAUGGACAUUACAGUUUUGUUAUAGUGUUCUGUCUAAAUUUUGAGAGACGUUGUUUACUUUAGGUUUAAAAAUGUGCUUGGUUGAUGUUCUUCAAGGCAAGGUUUGUUCAGAAUUUGAAAUUGAAUUGGAGAUUUUGCCAAUUACAGGAGCAUACAUUGAUUGCAUUAAUAAGUAAUGGAUUGGUUCUCUGUUAUAUAUAUGUUUAUUUUUUUUCGUACUAGGUACAAUCAGAUCUUUAUUUGAUUUAAUUCAAGAUUCUGGUAUGACUAGCAUUAUAAGUCAUCAAAUAUUGGAGAUGUCUUGAAACUCUUGCACGUUUCAGCAGCCUCACUCUUGUUCCUUGACACAUAAAGCCACUAGAAUGUUUUGAGUACAAACCUGUUUUGUAUCUUUUCAACUUAGCCUGUAAAUAGCUGUAAAUGUCUUUGCAAUGUUCUUCUUUCAAUGUACAUCUUUAAAAUGUACAGAGUUUUAAAAAGUACAAAACUCAUCAAACGUUUUGAACAAAAAGGAGUUAGUUGGGCCUUUAUUCAAAAUAAGUGGGCCCGUCUGCCUGUAAACUUUCUAUCAAUAAUGCAAAGAUUGCCAAUUUUGUCUGGAUGUAUGUCUCCCUGCAGUUUACUUCACUUGUCAUUGUAGGUCAGGAUUGGUUAACAUAACAAAUGCAAUAAGAGGAUAGGUUAGCUAAACCAUUGGUUGUAAUCACAGUUUGUCCCAAUCUUCAAAUUAUACUCUCAAGGCACCAAUUUGGAUGGAAAAUAUUAAUAUAUUCUCACCAGGCUUUGAACAUUUGCCAAGUAAUUAUCCUUCACACAACCAAACGAUAUACCAUUAGAAAUUUUUGGAGACGAUCAUGUAAAUAUCAACUAUGGAUUAUUGUUGAACCAUGUUUUGUAAAUAAGCUGUAAGUUAAGACGAGGUAUAAUAAAUGUGUUCAUCAACGGUGAA